UUUUUUUUUUUUACAUAUAUAGAUAUAUAUAUAUAUAAAUUCAUAUUUUAACAUAAUAAUGCCUAGUGUGGCUGAAGCUCAACGACGACAAGCAUCUAUAAUGAAUUCAUCCAUUGGCAUCUCACCUUUGUCAAUGGGGUUUCCUGUGGACGUAGAAACAACAGAACGACGACGUCAACGUAAACAACAAGAAGAACAAAAGAAACGAAUAUCUCCUGACGAUGUCUCAUCUUAUCGACCUUCAUCAACUGGAAUUCAUAGUCAUAUUAUUUGGCAACAUGCAACAAUGAAAGGUUAUUUGACUAAACACAUUCCACCGGUGUUUUCUUUUACCAAAAAUAAGAAACGACGUUAUGUGAUAUUGGCGGAUCGCUUUUUAUAUUGUUUCAAGACCGACGUACCCACGAACAAGUACCGUGAAUUCAUGGAAUUGGGACCCGAUACGCAAGCUUUUGUUACCGAUCAUCUAUCUGGGGUACUUUACUGUAUUGAAAUCCGAAAACCUGGCAUCGACGCAACAUCUUGGUUUUUACAAGCAGAGGAUGCAGAUGGAAUGAAAAUAUGGUUGGAAAGAUUGAAAAAGACGAUUCAAUAUUUGGCAGACAACAAAGAUGACAAGGGACCUAUCACCAAAGAAAAAUUACAUUUUGUACAUUCACCCGAAGAUCUAUUCUUUCUCAAUGGUGGUAUUUAUCAUCCUCAUGCUAACGAUUCCAACAGUCUUCAUGGCACCAGUUCAUCAGGCGAUAGUAGUAGCAUCAACAUGACACCAAGAUCAAGUCAACAUGAAAUCGAUACUUCAACUUGGCGACAUAGUGGUUCCACCAACUGGACUGAUCCUCAUUCUCCUUCAACAACAAGUGGUAGCAACUAUGCCUGUAGUCCUCCAAUGUCUCCCUCUACUGCAACAAUGAACGGUAGUUUUUCUUCCUCUUCUGUAUCUACACCCACUUCAUUUAAUCAAUACCAACAACUUCAUCACAUCAACACUUGUAAUACCAACGGCGGAAGGAUACAACGAAACGACAGUAUGCGUUCAAGUUUAUCUCAAGAAGAUUAUCAUCAUACAUCAAGAAUCAACUCUUUAAGGUCUCUUCCUUCUCCUCGUCUACCAGAUUCAUUGCCUCCUGCUUUACCACCACCCACUAGUUCUUUACCCCCACCGCCUACCCAUAUAUAGUUUUCUUGUUCUUUUAUGUCCUAGUUCCAUUUUGUACAAUUCCUUAAUUUGAUUUUUUUUAUAUACAUAUAAGCCUGCUUAUCUAACACUCCUUCCCAUCCUUUUGUAUUCAUUCUGUUUUAUUCAAUAAAAAAUAUAUUUGUAUUAUACCAUCUUUAUUCAAUUGCUUUUUUUUUUUUUUAUUUUUAUAAAACCAUAGUAUUUAAUAUCUAUCUAUACAUUCUAUAGGUUCUAUUUCAAAGGUCGAUUCCCGCAACCAAU